UCUGUGUAGUUUUGGUGCCUGUCCUGGAUCUCGCUCUGUAGACCAGACUGGCCUCGAACUCACAGAGGCCUGGUUCUGCCUCCGGGUACUGGGAUUAAAGGCGUCUGCCACCACUGCCCGUCACUUUCUAAAAUGAAAUGAAACCAUCAAAAAAGGAUUAGGAUUAUUUUCUGAAUUAUGCUACAUUUUACUUACUGAGGAAACACCUUCAUUGACUUUUUUUUUUUUUUAAUUUUGUGUAGCCCAGGCUAGUCUUGAACUCCUGGCAAUCUUCAUACUUCAGCCUUCUAAAUGCUGGGGUUAGACUUGUGACCUCAUGCCCUAUGACUGGAUUUGGGCAUUCAUUCCCCAAGUGUGUAACAACAUCCAGGCUAAUUUCUAUAGCUAACAUUAAUUCAAUUCGCAUAAUUCACUAGCCUUCUGCCAUUUCUAGACAUUUCAUCGUUUGUAUUAGUGUUAAUGACCCGUAUUGUUCAUUGGCCAGUGGCGCACAUUCAAUAAAUGCCAGUUGACGGGCUGGAGAGAUGGUUCAACAGCCAUCGAGAACGCUGGUUAGUCUUUUAGAGGACCAAGGUUCGAUCCCCAUCAUCCUAACAGCUGUCUGCAAUUCUAGUUCCAGGGGAUUCGAGGCCUUGCCCACCGCUGGCACCAGGUGCAGGCAAAACACCCAUACACAUAAAAUAAAUAAACUCCAAAAAGAAUGAGGACGAGAAAGAAUAUUAGAAGAGAGCUAAAAGGGUAGAAUUGACCUCUAUUGUCUUCUUUAUGAGCAUACUGCCGUCACAGGAUUACCAAGGAAAGGGCGAGAAUCUUGCUGAACAGGGGGCCGGAGGAGACACUGGGAAGGAAGAAACAGAGGGUUUCCAGAAAGAUUUUAAAGGAAAGGUGCUGGGGUGGAGGUGGUGAUAGGGGACAAUCGUUAAGCCAGAGUCUGCAGACGGAACGAUUCAUUGGGAGCUGUCGCUGGAAUCUUUGGGAAGAAUACGAACUGGAAAAGGGCGGGUUGAUGUUAAGGAAGUAAAUGACAGCAUUACGCUGCUGUGACAAAGGCAAGAUUAGAUUCUAUCUUGGUACCUGAAAGUUUGUGGGCGCAAUCCUUGGGAGAGGGCAAAGGAAUGCGGAGCUCAAGUUCAAAUGCUGUAAGGUGCUUGUUGAGACAAACAGUUAAGUAUCUGGUAAGCGUUGGUUGAUACAGCGGUCGGAGAUAGAGAAGCGGGUCUGGAUUAGCUGGAAGCGUGUAAACCUUCCCAGAGUGGAGAGCUGGGGAUAGAUAGGACAGUUCGGCUAAGCUCGUGGAUUUAGAAGUAGGGAGAGAACAGGAGCAGGGUUAAGAAAAUCGGAGAAAAGAUCCAAAGAGGGAGCCAUGUUGAAAGCUAGGGGAACAAGAAACGUGGCGACAGACGCCUCCCAGAGGGCAAAGAGGAGAAUGGCACUCGCAUCCAAUCCUCGGCCAAACGAUUCCGAGGAGCACAGAGGUGGGGAUUGGGCGAGCCACAGACGAGGCUAAGGGAGGCGACUUCUUCAGUUCCCUUACGGAGGCUGCCUAUGAAAGACAGGAAAGGUUAGCCCUGAAGAGUAAUGCAAAGCUUCAGGGGAAAAUCCCAUACUCUUGAGGGGAGUGGCUGUCGCCUUUUGUGCUCUUGGAGGAGGGAGGCUUUUUGGAUUUUCCAGCUCUGAACUGGGCAAACCAAACCCUUAUAAGUUACCAUACUAAAAUAAACAGCUCCGCGAAAGUCUUCUGCCUUUAAAAAUCCUGGGGUGUGAAUAGGGAGCUUUAAUGUGGCGCUUAUCGAUUGGUAAGUUUAAAAAAAAAAAUCCGUCAUUUCCGGUACUGUAGGAUGUAAACCAUUGCGUCCAGCUCCUGCUCUCCCAUUGGCUGUUCGAGGCAGCUCCGCUUUCAGCCAAUCAAACUACUAUUCCUUCACCCCUCCCGGCAGAUCUUAUAAAUUACACCAAAUUGCUUCACCUUUCCAUAUCCUUUGCUUGAAAAAGCAGCCGUUAUUGCCUAUUCCGCCAUCAUGUCUGGUCGCGGCAAGCAAGGAGGCAAGGCCCGCGCCAAGGCCAAGUCGCGGUCGUCCCGCGCCGGCCUGCAGUUCCCGGUGGGGCGCGUGCACCGGCUGCUGCGCAAGGGCAACUACGCGGAGCGCGUGGGCGCCGGCGCGCCCGUGUACAUGGCGGCCGUGCUGGAGUACCUGACGGCCGAGAUCCUGGAGCUGGCGGGCAACGCGGCCCGCGACAACAAGAAGACGCGCAUCAUCCCGCGCCACCUGCAGCUGGCCGUGAGGAACGAUGAGGAGCUGAACAAGUUGCUAGGGGGUGUCACCAUCGCCCAGGGCGGCGUCCUGCCCAACAUCCAGGCCGUCUUAUUGCCAAAGAAAACGGAGAGCCACAAACCCGGCAAGAACAAGUAA